AGAAUCGGGGGGCCGCGAGGCCCCCGGCAUGGAGGUGGCGGCGGCGCUGGGCCUGCGGCGCUGGAGGCGGCGGCGGCUGAGAGGCAGUCACCCCGCCAUCCUUCCCUCUGCCGAGGGGGAUUCGCAAUGGCUGCAAGAAGAGUUUUGCUGUUCCCUCCUUCACGUGUGAUGUCUGGCUCCGUGGAGAUGCACUUUGCCUGAGCUACCCCUGCGGGAGAGAAGAAUGUGCAGCGGCUGGACCACAUGCCAUGAGGUGAGUGUCGUGCCUGCUGAGCUCCCUCAGAGCCGCUAGCCAUGCCAGGGAUUGUCGUGUUCCGCCGGCGCUGGUCUGUAGGCAGCGAUGACCUGGUUUUGCCAGCAGUCUUCCUCUUCCUCCUGCACACCACCUGGUUUGUGAUCCUGUCUGUGGUGCUCUUUGGGCUGGUGUACAACCCCAACGAGACCUGCUCGCUUAACCUGGUGGACCACGGCAGAGGCUACCUGGGCAUCCUGCUCAGCUGUAUGAUCGCAGAGGUGGCAAUCAUCUGGCUCAGCAUGCGAGGCAGUAUCCUGUACACAGAGCCCCGGGACUCCAUGCAGUAUGUGCUCUAUGUCAGACUGGCUAUCUUGGUGAUUGAGUUUGUGUAUGCUAUUGUGGGCAUCGUUUGGCUAACGCAGUACUACACUUCCUGCAAUGAUCUCACAGCAAAGAGUGUCACUUUGGGAAUGGUGGUGUGCAACUGGGUUGUCAUCCUGAGCGUCUGCAUCACCGUCCUGUGCGUCUUUGACCCGACAGGCCGCACCUUUGUCAAGCUGCGCGCGACCAAGCGGCGGCAGCGCAACCUGCGGACCUACAACCUGCGACACCGCCUGGAAGAGGGACAAGCCAGCAGCUGGACACGCAGGCUCAAGGUUUUCCUUUGCUGCACACGGACAAAAGACUCGCAGUCGGAUGCCUACUCAGAGAUUGCCUACCUUUUCGCUGAGUUCUUCCGAGACCUGGACAUCGUGCCGUCCGACAUCAUCGCGGGGCUGGUGCUGCUGCGCCAACGGCAGCGAGCCAAGCGCAGCGCCGUGCUGGAUGAGGCAAACAAUGACAUUUUAGCUUUCCUGUCUGGGAUGCCAGUGACCAGGAACACCAAGUACCUGGAUCUGAAGAACGCGCAAGAGAUGCAGCGGUACAAAGAGGUGUGUUACUACAUGCUGUUUGCCCUGGCUGCCUAUGGCUGGCCCAUAUACCUGAUGAGGAAGCCCACGUGUGGACUCUGUCGCCUGGCCAGAUCCUGCUCGUGCUGCUGCCUGUGCCCUGCGCGGCCGCGCUACGCGCCCGGCGUCACCAUCGAGGAGGACAACUGCUGCGGCUGCAACGCCAUGGCCAUCCGCCGCCACUUCCUGGACGAGAACAUGACCUCGGUGGACAUCGUCUACACCUCCUGCCACGAUGCAGUGUAUGAAACUCCUUUCUAUGUGGCUGUGGACCAUGAGAAGAAGAAGGUGGUCAUUAGCAUCCGAGGAACCCUGUCUCCCAAAGAUGCCCUGACUGACCUGACAGGGGAUGCAGAACGCCUUCCAGUCGAGGGUCACCACGGGACAUGGCUGGGACACAAGGGAAUGGUGCUGUCUGCUGAGUACAUCAAGAAGAAACUGGAGCAAGAAAUGGUGCUUUCUCAAGCUUUUGGGCGAGACUUAGGCAGAGGAACAAAACACUAUGGCCUGAUUGUGGUUGGUCAUUCCCUAGGGGCUGGCACUGCUGCCAUCCUGUCCUUCCUCCUGCGGCCUCAGUACCCAUCACUGAAGUGCUUUGCCUAUUCCCCCCCAGGUGGGCUGCUGAGUGAGGAUGCCAUGGAGUACUCAAAAGAGUUUGUGACUGCAGUGGUGCUUGGCAAAGAUCUAGUGCCCAGAAUCGGCCUCUCUCAGCUGGAGGGAUUUCGCCGGCAGCUCCUGGAUGUUCUUCAAAGAAGUAACAAGCCAAAGUGGAGGAUCAUUGUGGGUGCCACAAAGUGCAUCCCCAAGUCUGAGCUGCCCGAGGAGACGGAAGAGAACUCGGCCCCGAGUAACCGGCUGUGGAGCCACCCCAGCGACCUGACCAUCGCCCUGUCCGCCAGCACGCCCCUGUACCCGCCCGGCCGCAUCAUCCACGUGGUGCACAACCACCCUGCCGAGCAGUGCUGUUGCUGUGAGCAAGAGGAUCCCACUUACUUUGCCAUCUGGGGUGACAACAAGGCGUUCAACGAGGUGAUCAUUUCCCCAGCCAUGCUGCACGAGCACCUGCCCUACGUGGUCAUGGAAGGGCUCAACAAGGUCUUGGAGAAUUACAACAAGGGGAAAACAGCUUUACUUUCUGCAGCCAAAGUGAUGGUGAGUCCCACAGAGGUGGAUCUCACCCCGGAGCUGAUCUUCCAGAGCCAGCCCUUGCCCAGUGGACCCUCGGUGCAGAUCGGAACCGGAGCCGUGGCGGUGGACAGGAGGAACAGCAGCACUAAGAGCAAAUCCCAUUCAGAAAUCAGCUUGGAAGGCUUUUACGAGACCAAACCAGUUUCCCCAGUGCAGAAAGACCCCGUGGAACUGCUUCUGCUGGACACGAAGGAGCGUCUGUGCGUGGAGCUGCAGGAGCGCCGUGCCCCUCUGGCCACCAUGGAGAGCCUCUCGGACAACGACUCCAUCUACAGCUUGGACUCGAGGCGCUCGUCCGGCUUGCGCAGCAUCCGCGGCUCGCCCAGCCUCCACGCCGUCAUGGAGCGGGACGAGACGCACUGCUUCUACAUAGACCCUGCCAUCCCCGAGGAGAACCCUUCCCUCAGCUCUAGGACGGAGCUGCUGGCUGCUGACAGCCUCUCCAAACACUCCCAAGAGACUCAGGCUCCAGACAACGUGCUCAACAGCGAGGGCAGCACCCCGCAGCGGCGCUGCAGCCAGGAGGGAGGCGGCAGCGAGGGCGAGCGCGUGUCCUUCAGCCCUCGGGAGGAGCCCAGCCUCCAGAACGGGCGGCUGGCUGACGUUCCCAGUCCCCAAGUGCUGGAGUUUGCCGAGUUCAUAGACAGCCUCUUCAACCUGGAUAGCAAAAGCAGCUCUUUCCAGGACAUCUAUUGCAUGAUGGUGUCGGACAGCUCCAGCGACUUUGCGGAGAUGCCCAAGUCGGUGAGCGAGCAGGAGAUCCUGCUGAGGGCACAGUACGAACCCAACCUGGUCCCCAAGCCCCCGAGGUUGUUUGCAGGCUCCACAGAUCCUUCGUCGGGCAUCUCAGUCUCGCCUUCUUUCCCCCUUAGUUCAUCUGGAGAGCUCAUGGACAUCAGCCCCACGGGUGUGAGCAGCCAGGAGUGCCUGGCCACCGACAAAAUCCGGACUUCCACCCCCUCCGGGCACGUAACCGGCCCUGCCAAGCAGGACGACCUCAUGAUCUCAGCCCUCUAGGGCAGGGCAAAGGGGUGCGGCUCUGAGAGCCCAUCUGAGGCUGAGGAGCUGGGGAAAGGCUGGGAGGAGGCUGUCGUGGGCGCUUGGGAUGGGAGGAGACGGCUCGGAGAUGCCCCAUCCAGGGUGGAUUGUGCUGGAGGGCAGCUGGGGGAGCGGCGUUGCCUCACAGGGUCAGAGUCACUCAAGGUAGCUGCAAGUUCCCUACCUCAGCCUGUCUCGUGUCAGAGGCGGAUCCCUCGCCCCCCCCAGGGCAGCUGCUGAGUUUGGGAGCGAGAUACUGCGCUCCAGCCCGCUGGGGUUGGGGGGGUUGGGCUCCCUGAAGCCGGAGGCUUGGGCAGGCAGAAGCGAGGGCGCCAGGCCAGCUCUCCCCCCACCUCGGUACCGUGUCAGUGCUUGCUGGAAGCGAGAGGAUUGAAGCUUUGGGCCCUAUUGCACUACCAUGUCGGGUCUGGCCCGAGAUCCAGUCCCUCUCCUUUCCAUGGGGAUGGCUCCCCUCAGACUCUCCCCUGUUCCAAAGCCAUCGGGGCUGUAUUCUCCCCAUACACAGCCUCCCCUCUCCCGGCCGGGCUGCCGCUGGGCUGUCUCUGCCCUGAGCACUUCUGCCUUCAGUGACCACCAGGCUGCUCCUGAGAGGGAAGGACGCUGUUCUGAAGAGCCAAAGCCCUCUGCCACGUCCCUCCUUUGCCACAAAGAGCCCUCCUGGAUGUCACCCUCAUCAUCACCUCUGGGUUCCCCCCGGACGGCCGCGAGCCGGCGGCGUUCCCGCGGGACUGGCGGCGUUCUCAGCUCCGAGCUGCCUGGAUGGAUGAGCUUCAGGACUUCCCCAGCUUCCCAACACCCAGCUUUACCUGCCAGGCCCCUGCAGAGCCUGGGGGGCUCCCCUGGGGCCUCACAGCACCCACACGCAGCGCUGGCAGGUCCGUGCCGGCCUCUGUCACCGGGAGUUCAGGGGAGAGAUGGACUUGCACCCAGCAUUGAAACCUCUGGUGUGUUUACAGAGCUGCUAAGCUUUCUGGAAGGUAUUUAUUAAGCAAACAGGGAGGCUUUCCCUAAGCAAAAAGCAUGUUCAUUCUCUCCUCCCUGGGCUGUUCCCCCUGGGAAGCUGAGGGGAGAGAGGAUGGGCAGCUGUGGCUGCAAGUCCCCUGCUUUUAAACUGGAUUAGAGUCUGGGGGAAGCCACGUGCAUCCCUCAGCCACCCUCCCUCAGCCACCUUCCCCUUGCAGAGCUUGAUCAAGUCGUUAGUGGAACUACCUGAGCACUGCUGUGCAGAGCCCCAGUGCCCAGAGGAACCUGCUGCACACCUCCCUGGGCAGGGACUUUCCCGUGAUGGGAGCAGGAGGGAAACUCCCUGCCCUAGAAAAUGAGUCCUACUGUGACCUAGAGAAAGCCUUUAAUGGGCUCAGACACCUUCACAUCAAAGCUCAGUCCCACUGGAGCUCUGUCCUCUCUUACUGGAAGAGAAGUUCCUGUUUGAACCUCCUGAUAACCACAGAGGUGCUCCUGCCCUCCUGUCCCUUCCUCAGCUGCUGGAUCUCCAGAGUGGGAGGAGGCUGUGCUUCCCAGGAGCUUGGCUCCUGACAGAUCCCUCACUCCUGCCAUCCCUGGCCUCUAGCUGUGCUCAUCAGGGGCUUUGUGGAAAGCUUGAGCCCAGGCAUGGCUCAGGGCUUUGCUCUCCUGGGUGCUGCACAGUGGCAUCAAACAGCAUCGGGUCAGGACAGGAGCAGUCUAGUGACAGAAAUCACUCGAGGUGCCCAGGAGUGAACCAAGUGCUCAGCUGCUUAGUGUGGGGUGCUGUGUCCUCUGCCCCUUACGAGUGACAGGGCCUCCAGAAGUGGAGGGGCUGGAAAUGGGCAGCAAAACAGUGGCCCUGUGGUUGAGGUUCCAAAGGUGGCCUUCUCUCUCCUGCCUGGAGGGAAGCAGCCCCUCUGAGUUCCAAGUCAUUUCAUUCUGAGCAACAAGAAGUCACCUUUUCCUUUGUAGACCCUUCAGAACAGAGCAGUGUUGUUCCCCCUCCUCCCCCCACACACACCCCCCUCCCCUUGCUCAGAGCUCGUGUGGCUCAGGAGCUCGUAGAGCAGCUCCAAGUGCCAUCACAUCAUCCCCUAUUGCAGACCCACUGGGUAAGGCUGAAUCAAAGCAGUGCACAUAGACAAGAAACACUAAAAAGGUGUUGUCCAGGACAAACUGGGUGGGUUUGAGGGAGAAAAGAGGAGCUGAUGUGCAAGGGAGGCUGAGGCUAGCAGGCUAGCUCAGCCCCUGAUGCAGGCUGCUGCCACGUGGGGGAAGAGUUGUCCUUGGCAGAAGAUGGCUUGUGAGAACACUUGGCACUUAGGCAGAGCUUUAUAUCUGCAAAGCACUUUACAAACAUGCAUGGAAGAAUCAUCCCUGUCCCUGGCAGAGAGGUGUCAGGGGAUGGCUGCCUCUGGGACUGGGUGGAACUCCCCAGGGAUGGGGAGGGGAUGAGAUGAGCAAGGUGAGUUCUCUCAAGGAAAGAAAGAUUGGUCAGUAGUGACCUGCUGGUGUUUAAUGGGUCACAAUAUUGCACUAGAAAGUCACUUCUGAGCUGACUUUCCCUUUGCUGUGUCCUGGGAGAUGCACUUGUAUGUGUGUGAGCUGUUCCCUUCUCUGGGCCAUCAGAACUGUGUCCCUGGGGAAUGGGGUGACCUGGCCCUGUAGCAGGAGGCAGCCUGGAAUGCUGCACUGGGGGGUUGUUGUGCUCUGUGGUUAUUAGGCUGCUUCUGCAAAGCCUGGAAAUACCUGGUGCUUGUUGCCUGAGCUUCCCAUGGAUGGGGAGGCAGCAAAGGUGCAGAAAGGAGCCCUUUUAGUAGAGGCUCUUACCCACGUUAUGGGUAAUUCCCCUUCUCUGCUGGUCUCUCUUGAGAAGCAGCUCUGUUCCCAGACCUCUCUAAGUAAAUCCUCUGCAUUAUUUCUGCUUUAAGGGGCUCCCUGGGGCUUGAUUCUCAUCCCUCCUUUGCUGUAAGAGCACGUGCACAGGCUGAGCUCCUGUUCCCCCCUGGAAGAGCCCUAUCUGGAAAGCUAAAACAAAGGCUAAGGCUGGAGCUACCUCCCUCAUUGGUGUUGCACACUGCUGCCUGCUCUCUCUGCCCCCACUCCACUCUGAUGGGCAGCUGGCUUUGCAAGCAGGAACCAUCUUCAGGUUCCUUCAUCUCUUGGCUUCUGGUUCCUGCUUUGAAGCUUUCUGUGUUCCCUUGAUCUUUCCAUGGGAUGUUCCACCCUGCAGGGCUGGAAGGGGCAGCUGGUGCUGCCUGACACCCCAGACCCCAGCUAAGCAGCCAGCACUCAAAUGGCACAUCCUUAAAAUGCCCUCUGCAGAGCUUUGUGGUAGAGGGCUGGAGCUGAGGCUGUGCAGCUGAUGGGGAGCAGAGGGUGGGCAUUGCACCCAUCUGUGCAGGGGUUGGUACUGCAGUCCAGUUCUGGCACCUCUAAGAGACUCUUCAGCCCUUUGUGUCCAAAAGUGAGAGAAACCAACCCCAUUGAUCAUUCUCCAGUGAGCUUGGACUGAGCCCUCAGCACGUCAGGUUGGCUGGCUGUGGUUCAGGAGGCUCUUCUGCAUCAGCACUAAUGGCUUUUGCUGUUGCUUUAAUUGCAGCAGUGCCAAGAACACAGACAGACAGGGUCCUGCUGUGCUGAGUUUGUACAAGUGCUGAGCAGAAAGCAAGGUCCUGUCCAACCCUUCCCAUUGUCCCCCCUCCUCUGGGGAGCUGCCCUCACCCUUUGCAACAGGCAUUUUCUUUCCUGAGGCCACCACUCUCCACCCUUCCCUCGUGGCUUUGCUCCCCAUUCCUCUCACCUAACCAGGAUCCCCCUUUAUCUCUCUCCUUGGUUGCUCUGUCUCAGGAUGGUGGUGCCUCAGUCCACAUCCUUGACAGCUUUCCCCUGCUGAAGUGAUGCAGUUCCCUGUCAUCUCCUGGUGGCCCCAAGCAGCUCCAGGGGAUGCCUGGCUCGAUUCACUCAGUUGCUGAUCUCUGUGGGGCUGUUUAGAAAGGUCCAAGUGCUGUGAGCACUGGGAAGUGUCUGAGUCUUCCCUGGGCUGUGGUCAGUGUUUGCAGUGUUCAUUCACAGCUUCUGACACCUCUUUUCCAAGCAAAACAGGAGCUGUGUGAGAGACUCUGCUCCCUACACAGGGCUGAGAUGGCAAAGCUGGUUGUGAGUGCAGGUGACAAACCCAGUGGGUCCCACUUCUGUCCUGUCAGGACACAGUUGCUUGGGUCCUAACAGCAUUUUGGGUGGGAAGUGCAUGUUGUUGCCAGUGAACAAGGGGCACAUGAGGUGGGGGAAAAGCACCAAGCAUGAGGAUACAGGAUCAUCACAUCUGCCUGGCUGCCAUGGCCUGUCUCUUGUCAGCAGAGCAGGGCUGAUGUGUGUCCAGCACAGUCAGCUGGGGGAAUCUGGCAUUCCUUUGGCAAACAGCACCUCCAGGGAAGGUUCCCCUCUGCUCAGUGUCACUGUUUGCAACCUGGGCUUAAUCAAGAGGGCUUUUAAAACCUUCCCUUAACAUCCUGAGGGUCUUUGUUUCUUUAUCAGCUGUGUCUCUGAUCUUCUCACUGCUCUAGUCUUACUGCUUCCCCACGUGUCUCCUUACUGCUGCUCCCCACCCUGAUGUUCAUUUAAACCCUUCCUGUACCCUGCUUUUAGAUGGGGUGAUGAGAUGUGUUUGAGAGCACCCUGGUGCUUUGUAACAGAUUCUUUCUCCACUUGGAUGUUUCCUCAGCUCUUUUUCAUCUGCCUGCAGGCAAACACCAAUAUUGUCCCUGCAUCACCCACACAGAGAGCCACUUGAACUGACAGACUGGGGCAAAUGGAUAAUGAGCCUUCUCCCUUGCAGUGGUGAUUAGCUGGGGAUAGGCAUUGCUGAAAUGCAGGAGCUGGUGUGCUUAGGGUUGCUCUUUUGUGGCUGUGUGCCUGCAGGGAGGAGGAGUGUCAGUUUUAGCUAGCCCAGAACUGAUGUGCUUUGUUGUCUGCUGUUGUAUUGGCCCCUUGCCACUUGCCUUUUUCCUACCUGGACCUUUCUCACAGCCAGGCAGGAUCUGUAUCACCUCUGCAAACUCUCCUUGGGUUCCUCUGCAUGUUCUGCACCCUCAGUCAUGAUAAAGUUGGGAGCAUCUUCCAGUUCAGCUGCUGAGCUGCAGGCUCCUCGUUUCUGCUGCUGGGUGGAUGCUGUGAGCACACAGAAGCACUGAGCAGCACAUCCAUCAGUGUGACUGAGUUGGAAUCGCAGGAGGAUGAUGCUGGAGGCCAUUCUAGCAGACCUUGCUGCCUUCCCACAGCCAGCAGGUGCAUUGCUGUGCUUUGCCCUGGGAACGUGCUGGGCUGGAGCUCUGCUGGAUGCUGGGUUGGCUUUGUGCUCCUGGGUACCCACUGCUGGGGCAGCAGAAGGACAUUCUGGCUUUGCAGCAAGGGCUAGCAGGAGCAUUUGAUUCCCAUUUGUUGAGGUGUGAUGGUUGCAGUCACAGAAUCAUUGAGGUUGGAAGGGAUCUUUAAGCUCCCUGAGUCCAACUGUACCCCCAGAACUGCCACAGCCACCAGUAACCCACAGCCACCACUAACCCACAGCCACCAGUAACCCUCAGCCAUCACCCACAGCCACCAGUAACCCAUAGCCACCAGUAACCCUCAGCCAUCACCCACAGCCACCAGUAACCCACAGCCACCACUAACCCUCAGCCAUCACCCACAGCCACCAGUAACCCACAGCCACCAUAACCCCCAGCCACCACUAACCCCCAGCCACCAGUAACCCACAGCCACCAAUAACCCACAGCCACCAGUAACCCACAGCCAUCACUAACCCACAGCCACCAGUAACCCACAGCCAUCACUAACCCACAGCCACCAGUAACCUACAGCCACCAGUAACCCACAGCCAUCACCCACAGCCACCAGUAACCCACAGCCAUCACUAACCCACAGCCACUAGUAACCCACAGCCACCAGUAACCCACAGCCAUCACCCACAGCCACCAGUAACCCACGGCCAUCACUAACCCACAGCCAUCACCCACAGCCACCAGUAACCCACAGCCAUCACCCACAGCCACCACUAACCCACAGCCAUCACUAACCCACAGCCAUCACCCACAGCCACCAUAACCCCCAGCCACCACUAACCCACAGCCACCAGUAACCCUCAGCCAUCACCCACAGCCAUCACUAACCCACAGCCAUCACCCACAGCCACCAGUAACCCACAGCCACCAGUAACCCACAGCCAUCACCCACAGCCACCAGUAACCCACAGCCACCAGUAACCCACAGCCAUCACCCACAGCCACCAGUAACCCAGAGCCCUCAGCCCCAGCUUUGAGCUUUCCUCUCCUCUCUAGCAUGACAUUUGCCCCUUUCUGCCCAGACAGCUGAAGCUGAGACAGCUCUUGCUGGCAGUGCUGGGCUGUCACUUGUUUGUCCUUCCCUCUGUUGAAAUGCUGAAGCUGGGUUUGUGCUGGGAGCUGUGAUUUCAUUGUGAACAGACUCAGAGUCUCUGCACCUGAAGCAGUUCAGAGACAAUCUCUGUGACCCUCUCUCUAGCUGGAGAAGCAGAAGGAGAGUGGAUACUUGCUGGCUGCCUCGUUAGGGUUCUGUGGCAGCAUCAGCAAUGGGUUACAGAGGUGAAAUGGCUCCAAUGUCUGUUGCAUGAGUGUGAAAGCUCAGGGGGAAAAGCCCUCCCCAGGUUUCACAGGGAUGGUUGUGGUUUCUUAGCUGGGACAUACCAGCUUCUUCCCAGCUGGCAGUGCUGGUGCCUCUUUGUCCUGCCUGAGGAAAGGGAGGCUGGAGGUGCAGCAGUGGCUUUGUGCAGGCUGCCCUGCUGCUCUGAAGGGAGGAACGUGUUGUGCUGAAGCUCUGGGAGGCGCUGGCUGAGCUGGGCUCGGUGCACCGUUCCCCCAGAGCCUGUGGUGCUGAAGUGCCAGGGCUGUGUGUAGGGAAGAGCUGCAUCUCUUGUGCCAAAGCUCCCUCUCCCGGUGCUGCUGGAAGCAGCUGCAGGGGACUGAGAGGGGAGGAGGAUUGCAGCUGGGACCCCUAAACAGCAUCAGCUCUCUCCAAGCACUCGCUGUCUCUUACUGUUUUCCCCUUGUCCUCUUGAGUUCAUACCUGUUGUGCCUUUGUUUUCCUUUGGCUUGAGAUCCAAGCCUCCUGCUUGAGACCAGACAGUUCUUUCCCUGCUCCUUGUUUCCCCUCUGGGUGUAUGGGAGGGAAUGCAGCGUGGCCAAGGGCUGCUGCGGUCACCCUUGCUGCUGAGCCCUUCCCUUUCUGCCUCUGUUGGGCCUUUCCACAUUCUCCUGCUGUCUCAGGUGGUAUCCAAGUGCCAGGAGCAAAGCCUGAGGCAGGCUGUUCCCUCACCCCCCUGCAGUCUGGAAGCUCACCCUGUGCAAAGGGAGCGUUUGCUGUGCAGAGACGACUUCCCACACCCCUUACCUUCAGUGUGCAUCAGCUCAGCCGCUGUUCAGCAGCUCUGCUCAUGAGUGAAACAUCCUCUCAGGUCUGUUCAUGGGUAAAACUCUUCCUACUCUUCAAGAUCUGGCUGGUUUUUUUUGCAAGAGCUUCUCCUGCCAGGGGCUCCCCAUCUUCCAAGCUGCCCCCUGCAGUUCUGACUCGCUGUCCCUGCUCUCCCUGGCUCUGGAACAGGGGUCAGCUCUUCCAGAGCUUCUCUUUUCAGAGAGCUGGGCAUCUUUGCUGCUUUCUCUGCUGUGUAGGAGACCUCUGACCUCACCAUGUCAUCCUGUGCUCUGCUUUUCCACCCUCUGGAGUUCCCUGGCUGCCCAGCACGUGUGUGUAACGAGAGACCCUCUGGCUGCUCAUCCACUCGGUCACUGACCACAGGGCAGCCCAGGAGCAAGCCUUCAUUUAGCUGUGGGUUGGCAUUCCCUUGCCCUGCUUUCCCACCCCUGGGCUUUGUGCAGUUCUGAUGGCUCAGACUUGGAGCAUGUGGCUGUGCCAGGAGGAGCAGGAGCGGUCCAAAGCCCCUCAGGCUGCCUUGGUGGCACCUGCCUGUGUGCUCUGACCCUGCCUGUGUGCUCUGACCUGUCUCCAGGCACUUGCUUGUGUGUGCCAAGCAAUCCCAUCCUGGUGUGCUUGCUGGGCCACUGCCACACACCUCUUCUGGGUCUUAACUCCUUUACCAGUAUGUUCCCAGUGCUCCCUGGUGGCUGGUGGCAACCUGGCAUCUGUAGCUACUGAAGCUUCCCAGCUGCCCCCCUGACAAAAGCUGACUGAAGAGGUUGAUGUCCAAGGCACAGUCUCAAGCUCCUGCCCUAGUGCUGCUGAUGUCAACAGAGGGGUCCCUGGUGAUGGGUUGGAGUGUGGGGCAGCAGGAGAGGGGUGCUCUGCCCUGGAACAGCCUUUGCUGUGGCCCAGCUCUCUGCUCUGCUGUCCUGCCACAGCCUGGCCUGUCCUCCCUUCAGGCAGCAGAGCCAGAACUGACAGAACCUCUCUCUUUUCUCACCUUUGUUGUGCUGCUCAGUGCUGUGUUGGUUGGAGCCCACCUGGAUGGUCUCCACGGGACAGGAGCUGUCUGCUGGGGGCUGGGGGGAUGCUCCACACAGCAGUGGCAGCCACUUGCCUCCCACUUCUCUCUCAGCAGGCACCAAUGCCUCAAUGGAAGAGCCUUUCUGCCUGCUUCUGCCACCUCUCUCACACCACGUGCUGGGGCAGCUCAGAGUGAGGGUUGCUAUGAAUUCACUCCUUGACCCCCAGUUGCCUCUUUCUAGCUGAAGCCUUUUGCUUUAAUGGGAGAAUCUGUCCUCCUAAGGAGCUCUGGCUGCCUCUUGCAGGGCUUGGAGCACAUGCACAUGCAAUCAGAGGGGGAGCCAGUGCACAAUCCUGUGUCCCAAGAGGCUGCUGCCCUCCAGAUCCCUCCUCUUGAGCUGCCCCAGCAUGAAGACUACAAGGAAACUGAAGCACUCCUCACGUGCCACCUCUCAUGUGACUCUUUUUUGUACCUAUGUAUGAAAGAUCCAAACUAAUAUUGCUGUAAAGAAA